AUAAAAUCCAAAGAAGAAGAAGAAGAAGAAGAAGAAGAAGCAGGAGGUCGUCAUGGCGGCUUUGGUUCGUUUGUCUAAAGUCCUGCUCCGGGCUCCUGUGGCUCAGACUCAGCGGCAGCUCUCCGCUGUCUCCGCCGCAGGUCACGGCGAGAAUUCAGCAAGGACCUGGAAGAUCCUCACCUUCGUGCUGGCUCUGCCUGGUGUGGCCGUGUGCAUGUUGAACGCCUUCCUGAAGGAGAAGGACCAUGGCCACGAGCAACCAGAGUUUGUCCCGUAUACCCACCUUCGGAUGCGCAGCAAGCGUUUCCCGUGGGGGGAUGGAACCAAAUCCCUUUUCCACAAUGCACACACGAAUCCUCUCCCUGAUGGCUAUGAGGGUCAUGAGGAGUAAACGGGGACCAGACUUCCGUUCCUUCCUGGACCACACCCC